AUGCCUGUGGAACAUUCCCCGCCAAAGGGCAGAGAGGAAACGUUUUAUAUGGCGCCCGAAACAAAUGAUAGUGAUAAAAAUGAUGCACUUGAUGAUCGAAAUCAAAUUAGUAAAUUAAAUAAGAGUUCGAUAAAAGAAAAUAACGAUGAGGUAAAAUUUGAAAUGUUAGAACAAACGGGAAAAUUCAUGAAUGAAUUAACAGAUAUAUUCAAGGGCAUUAAAAAUAUAAUGACAAAUAUAGAAGCUAGUGCGGAGAUAAUACGAAAGAAUAAUUCGCAAACAAACCAUAAUAAUAGUAAUCAAAACAAUAAUACGGGAUAUAAUAUAAAAGUAGAUAUACCAAUGCCGGAGUUUGUGGAUGAAUUUCAAAAUAAUCCGGUGGAAUUUUUAAUCGAGUUAAAAGAAUAUUUUGAUUUAAAGAAAAUUCCUCACGAAUGUUUUCCAGUAAUAAUUAGAAGAGCAUUAAAAGGUAGAGCCAAAGCAUGGUACUCCGCGAAUAGUGAUAAAUGGGAGAAUUUUUGCGAAUUUGAAUCUAAUUUCAAGAGUGAAUUUGACUCGAUAGAAUACCGGGCCGAAAAAACAAACGAGUGGAGAAACAGGAAAUUUUCGAAAAAAGACGAAUCAUUUGUACAAUAUUUUUAUUAUCAAGUUAAAGAAGCAAACUACAUAGAUCCACCCCUGACCGAUUACUCACGAAAUUAUGCAAUAGUUCGUCAAUUGCCAAGAAAAGUGCAAGAAACAUUAGCGGCAAUAAGAUUAAAUGAUACCAGUCAAAUAGUCAAGGCGUUGGCAUGGCUAGAUAAUACUGAACGCGAAUUUAAACAAAAUCAUACCCAACGAUUUGGCAUAGGGGGAAAUCAAUAUAAAGAGCAGAAUAGAUAUGAGGAUAGAGGGGAAAAGAGAGAAUCGAUAGAGGAAGGAGAAAGAAAGAAUAGAUACGAAGAGAAUUGGAGAUGGCGAGAAAGAAGUGAACAAAAUAAGAGAGAUAAUGCGAGACAGUAUGAAGAUAGAGGUAGGGGUGACGAAGACAAGAGUAGACAGGAAGAUUGGCGAGCGGAGAAUAGAGACAGAAAGAGACAAGACGUAGAUGAAAGACGGAGAAAAUAUUAUGAUGACAGACAAGGGCAAACUUAUGAGGGAAAAAGAAGGCACGAUAGAAAUGAAAGACGAGAUGAAUUUAAUAAACAGACAAAUUACGAGAGACGGACAGAUUAUAGUAGAAAUGAAAGGCGAGGAGAGGGAAAUUUUAGAACGAAAGUUGCGAUAGUAACCGAAGAGGAAGAAGAGCGGUAUGACGAAGAAGACGAUACAAACAGUGAUAUGGAUAAAAUGUUAGAUUUAAACUAG